UUGGAAUCACCACGCCGCGUCGGCGAUGCCGUUACGUAAAGGACGCUUCGCACCCUACCCGCCACGGGUACGACAUAGACGGUACCACAUGUGGUACCAUGAAAAAACACUUUCUCGGCCGAGUAGGGAGCUCCAAGGGGGGAAGGGGGGCAUCCUCCUUUGCCCAACAUGAACAACGACUAUAAAAGCCAUUGAGCAGCUCAAAAUGGCAAUCAGUUCAUUUGGUGCACCGCCAAAGAACCGUUUGAGAUUAUCGACAUGAGAUCUUUGAUACGACCCCUCUUACUCUUAGUCCUCGUGGCAGUGGCGCUGAACAGCGUCCAGGCCGAGGAGAAGAAAUCAGAGGACAAGAAGCAGACAAAGCGUGGGCUGCUCAGUUUGGGCUACGGCUACGGCGGAGACUUCGACAACGGCUACCACGUAGGCCAAGGAGGCCAUGGGUUAGAUGGAGGCUACCUGGUGGGCCACCAUGGCCACGGAGCUUUCGAUCUGGGCUCUUCUGCACAUGUUGAGAAGACCAUCACUGUGGUUAAAGGAAUCCCAGUGCCUUAUCCUGUUGAGAAGCACAUUCCCUAUCCUGUCACCAAACACGUCCCUUACCCAGUCAAAGUACUGGUUCCGCAGCCUUACCCUGUAGAAAAGCAUGUUCCCUAUCCAGUAAGAGUACCUGUGAAGGUCGCCGUACCCGUUCCUCAGCCCUACCCCGUUGAAAAGAUCGUGCAUGUUCCCUACAAGGUCCAUGUUGAUAGGCCGUACCCAGUCAAAGUACUUGUUCCCCAACCUUACCCUGUCGAGAAGCACGUUCCUUAUCCAGUGAAAGUUCCAGUUCCCCAGCCUUAUCCAGUUGAGAAACCAGUUCCAUACCCAGUCAAAGUACCUGUACAUGUUCCCCAGCCUUAUCCAGUUUACAAGGAAAUACCUGUACCAGUGAAAGUACCAGUCGACAGGCCGUACCCAGUCCAUGUGCCUCAGCCUUACCCAGUGCAUGUCAUCAAGAAAAUUCCGGUAUGUAACAGCUUCUUUUCCAUUGCCUAUUUAUACAACGUUUUUCUAAAGCAUGGGGCAGGAAUUCAGAGUAAUUUCUUAGACUUUGCUUGGCCAACUUUUAGUAUAGGAAUUUUAAAGUGCUUUUAGAUACAUCAAUGCUUCGGGUCGCGAAUCUGUUUUUAAAAUUAUUAUAUUUUCAAAAUGGCGGAACUAGAAGUAUAUUAGAAUCAGUAUAAUGAUGAUGAGUUAUAUGUUUUCUAAGGACAUCAUACGAAGCCUCAAUUACCAUGCUGUCAAAUUUCGUUGAAUUAUGCAGUGUUGUACAAAAUUAUUUGAGAAAAACCGAUUGAUUUCCAGUAGAGCUUUUUGAGAUCCUAUAUUGCCGAAAAAAUGAAUGCCAGUGACAUCUCAAAUCGUUAAGAAAAAAAAUAGUCCUGGUUCAGUGAAUCACCUACUGAAUGUUUACCCGAUGUUUCGCAACAAAUGAAAAUUCCAAUCAAAAAGCAAUCAUUAACAAGAAUCUUACAACGAAAAUCGGAUGAAAGAAUUUUUAUAUCUGUGAAAGAUCCUUUGUGGAGGAAUUUUUGGAAGAGAGUUCUACUAUGAGUUAGACUAGAAACCUUGACUCACCACUUUUUUGCUAGCGCUAGACUUAUUUUCUUGUUUUUUUUUAUUAUAAUGAGGUAUUUUCCAAAUUUUCCAUCUUGAAGAAGUACCAAAAACGAGUUCUGACGCGACGAGUCUGUGGGGU